AUGGAUACCACUCGGUUGAAGAAACCCCAGGUUUCCCGAGCCUGCGAUCCAUGUAGACGACGGAAAGUCCGCUGCAAUGGCCAACACCGGUGUCAGCAAUGCGAGCAUCUGGACUUGCUCUGUACGUAUAGCGACAAUCAACGUGCGCGAUCGCGGAAGAAUGCUCUCCGUCGAGGAACCGUGAUUUCCGAGUACAAAAUCCCCUUCGCGCGGGAACUCAAGACUGAACACAUUUCGACGUCGGUACUUGUCCCACCCUCGUCUCUCCCAGAUCUGAAGUCGGUGACAUUAUCGACGUCAUAUCUGCAUAGUCUCAUCCCGAAAUACAUGGCCUAUGUGUAUCCUUUCAACCCGAUCAUGACGGACGAGGAGAUCCGCCAGUCCAUUGGCAAGAUGGCCACAGAUAGAGACCAUGCGGCCUUUGUCUACGCCUUUACCGGAGUCACAAUUGACCUGACGCAGUCGAAUGCAGCAACGUCUCAUGUGUCGGAGCAGAUCAACGAGCUCGCCGGCCGAGCGAUCCAGCUCCGGACUCCCUUGCUCCCGGGUUUCCGACCGUCUAUCCUUCGGGCUGUCACAAGCGUGUACAUCCAGAUGUGCUACAUGAGCCUGGGGCAGUAUGACCUGGGCUUCUUCUACCUGCGAGAAGCGAUUAGCAUGGUGCACCUCCUUCGGAUUGAAGACAAAGCCGUCAUGGCCAGUCUUGACCUGACCGAACGCUCCCGGCGACAGCGCCUUUAUUGGUUGUGCUUCAUCCAUGAACGAUUCAUGUCCAUCUUCCACUUUUCGCCCGCGACGUUGUCUCCAUACGCGCAAUUUCCCGAGGACGAUGUCAGCCUCGACCCCAGUAUCUCCCAGGGCUGGAUCCAGGUGAUCAAAACCUUCCUUCUGCUAGAGCCGACAUUUAUCAGCCUCUGGAUCGGCGAUCGGAGCCAGGUGACGGUUGCAUGGGUCGAGCAAAAACAUCGGGAGCUCGACGACGAGCUAUGGGAACUCGAGGUCUCGAUGCUGUCGGAUCUGCAGCAGGCCGACCUGGUCGUGACACGACAGUGGAUGCGGACUCUCCUCUGGCAGAUGGCUAUGUCAAACUGCCUGCUGUCAUCUCAUGCUUCCUGUCCAUCGCUGUCGCUCGAAAUGCCGCUCCGACUAUCCAGCCAACUACGCCAGUUCCUCACCAAGAUCUCGCAGAAUACGAUUCAGAUCCACGGGUCGUCGAUCUUGAGCAAGUUGUUGGAGAUUAUCAAUACGAUUGCGGAUGUGGUUCUUCAUGGGCCACAGGUGACGCUGGAGGAGACUACCAGUCGCAUUGACGAUAUCUUGUUUCUGAAGGACGUCAUCUUCUCAUUCCGGAAUUUACAACAGGUCUCCAAGAAGAUUCUGAUUGAGAAAUUGCAUCUGAUUCAAGAGCGGUUUGCGCAUAUCGAAGUGGCGUCGCAGCUAGUUUGUGGCCAGGGGGCAUAA